AUGAGACUCUGGGUGUCGCUGCUCCUCGCCGCCAUCUCCACGGCAACAGCAGGAGGCGCCACGGUGAAGUCCCUGCUGUUCCCGUCUGAGACCAGUACCAGCUACGUGGACCUGUCCCCCCUCAAGUCGCUGACGCUGUCGGCCUUCACGCUGUGCAUGCGCGUGGCGACGGAGGUGUGAGGAGAGCGGGAAGUCAUCCUGUUCGCGUACCGGACUCAAUACUUCAACGAGCUGAACGUGUGGCUGGAGCUGGACAGCAGAUUGUCCUUCUACCUGAGCGGAGACGGGGUGUACUUCAGUGUCCCGGAGCUUGGAGCUCUGGAGACGCACGUCUGCUUCACCUGGGACUCUCAGUCCGGUGCCACCGCCGUCUACCUGGACGGCAGAAAGAGUCUGACCAAGAUCUACAAGAAAGUCCACGUGGUCCGGGCCGGAGGGAAGGUCCUCCUGGGCCAGGACCCGGACAACUUCCUGGGAGACUUCGACGCUCAGCAGAGCUUUGUCGGCGAGAUGUACGACGUCAACUUGUGGGACUCGGCUCUGUCUCCCAGCGAGAUCCGAGACCUGGCCUCCGGGAGGCAAGUCCAACGGGCCAAUGUGAUCGACUGGGCAACCGUCCAGGUGCAGAGUCACGGGGAGGUGCAGGUCCUGAGCCGGGAGCUGUAG